GGCUCGAGGCAGCACUGGUGUUUUCGCCGGUUCAGCAUUCAGCGUAAAUCGGGCCGCGUGUUUCCUCAGACGGAGGGAAGCGCCGCCAUGGCUUCGACGUAUUCAGGAUUUCCGUCGCCUGCGGUGCCGGCGUCCGCGUCGCCAGCUUACACCCCGAUGAUGUCCUCUGUGGACCCGCGUCUGAGGACGAGCACCGUCAGCGCCGACCACGAGAUGGACGACCCCGACUUCGAGGAGAUGGUGAGCGACCUGCGGCGCGGCUUCGUCGGCUGGCUGCAGAGGAUGCAGAGCGAGAUCAAGCAGAAGCGCUCCGACCUCAAGCGGGACAGGCAGGCGUUCGAGGACGAGAAGCUGUCCGUCUGGCAGCAGUUCAUGGCCGAGAAGCAGCGCGAGGUGGACAAGAUCCGGGACGACCGCCGCCGUGCCGAGGAGGAGACCGCCAGCCACCUCAGGAACGUCCAGGCCGAGGUCGAGGAGCACCGCCGGCGGAUCGAGGAGGAGAGGGGGCGCCUGGACCAGGAGGGCGCCGUGCGCCGCCGCGCGGGGGCGCACGAGUACGAGAAGUUCCGCCAGGAGUACGGCCUCUUCGAGGCCGACAAAGGCCGCGUGGUGAACCCGCAGCUCGCGGCCGAGACCACCGUGGACCUCAACGUCGGCGGCACCGUCUUCGAGACGUCGAGGGCGGGGAGGGGAGGGGGCGCGGUGGGAGGGGGCUUCGGGCGCUUCCACCAGUUCUCGGCGCUUCUCGGGCGUUUCCGUCGGUUCUCGGCUCUGCAACCUCGGGGCGAUCUCCAGCAGCUGCGCCGCGCCGAUUGCAUUCCUGGGGUGCCCGUAUCGUCCCGAACGGCCGCCGGAGAGCCGAGUUAUGACCCGAAAGCGAAGGGGCCACGUCGGGGGGGGGAUAGGCUCAGGUGGGGGUGCAUCGACCCCGGAUCGCCCGUUCAUCGCCGAGGGGGGUCCGCCGCCCAUUCUGCCCGGGAGCGUGCGGCUUUGCCAUGGAGGACUUGUCGCCGAUAUAUUGGCGAUGUAUCGCCGAUUCCGGGUCAGUGUCCCCCCCCGUGA